AUGGCUGAUUUGAACGAGAAGACCGGCGACGUCGAGUCGUCGUCAGGCACACCACCACCUACCACAGAUGUCAACAAGGAGAAGCUUGAGGCCAGCACCAUCGCGCCUCCACCGGUUGGUGUCGACCACAUCGUCACCAAAGAUGGCAUGCGCCUACACCCUCAACCAACAUCAGAUCCUCUGGACCCGCUCAACUGGACAUUUCUGCAAAAGCACUCGAUCCUGGCGAUCAUUAUGUUCUUCUACUUCAUGUUCACUUACAUCACCACGACCACGGUGCCUUCCUUCCCGGAUCUCCAGGAAACUUACAACAUCACCUAUUCGCAAGUCAACUGGACGGUCGCCAUCCCAGCAUUGGGCCUUGCUGUCGGUCCCCUGAUCUGGUCUUCGCUCGCAGACAUCUACGGUCGACGCGUCAUCUUCCUGAUCGGCACGAUCAUAGCUUUCGCGUCCACGAUUGGUGCCGCCAAGGCAAGUGACUAUGGCGGGUACAUGGCAGCACGUUUUUUCCAGGGUUUCGGCGUCAGUCCUGCCUCGACCGUGGGUCUAGCCGCCAUCAACGAUAUGUUCUACGAGCACGAGCGCGGCCAGAAGAUUGGUCUGUGGGUACUUUCAAUCGACGCUGGGUUACUGGUGGGACCGAUUUUCGGCGGCUUCUUGAACAUUGUGUCUGCAGAGUGGAUCCAAUGGUUCUGCGCCAUCCUAUUUGGUGUGAUGUUUGUUCUUGAGCUUAUGUUCAUGCCCGAGACACUCUACCCGCGCAAUCACAUGCUCACCAAAAUGCCGAUGAUCACGUCCUCCGACGGCGCUUCAGCUGAACUUGAGAAGGUCGGCCGCAGGCGCAGCAACUCCGCGGAUGUCGACGUCCCUCGCACGAAGAAGCUGCCCUUCGUCAACUACAAGCCCGUUCCUGGCAUGCGACACCCGAAGCCGUGGGACGCGCUCCUGCGGACCAUCCUGCUGUUCAAGUUCCUGCCGGUGACGAUUGCAAUCUUCGCAUAUUGCUUCCUCUGGUACUGGUGGGUGUUGAGCGUCAUCACUAUGCUUCCCGCCGCGUAUCUCAGCUACACUCCUCAGAUCCAGGGUCUUCUGUUCAUCGGCCUGCUCCUCGGUACACUGUUCGCCGAAGUCUUCCUCGGCGGCCGCCUGAGUGACUUUAUUUGCGCGAAACUAGCGAAGAACAACAACGGCAUUCGUGUACCUGAGAUGCGAUUGUGGCUGAUAUAUCCCGCAGGCGUUCUGACCGCGAUCGGACUGAUCAUCUGGGGUAUCAGCGUGGACAAGAACUACCACUGGAUCGUGGGCCAGAUCGCUUUCUUCCUAUUCGCGGCUGGCAUCCAGAUGGGCAACACCGUGGUGUGUGCGUAUGUGGUUGAUGCAUAUCCGUUGCAGAGCAUGAGCGUGAUUACGUUCUAUGCUGUGUUUUUGAACUUGAGCGCUUUUGCGGAUCCGUUCUUCAUUGCCCCUUGGCAAGCGACCAGUGGGUGGACAUGGUGUUUCGCGGCACAGGGCAUCAUCGUCGCUUUCGGAGCUUUGCCAGCAUUCGCAGCUCUGCACAAGUUUGGACCAAAGUUGAGGAACAUGUCCGGGCAGCCCAGCUGGGUGAACCCCGAAUUUGACACUUUCUUGAAUUGA